UCAUCAUGUGACCGGGGAGUUUUUUCAAAAUGGCGUCCACUACUGUGGACUGGGAGUUUGACAAGUUUGAUGAUGGUUCAUUGAAAAUUGUGGGAGAGUUACAACUGAAAAAGUAUGGUCAGUUUCUGGAGGAAUAUGCUUCCCAGUUAAAGGAAAUUGAGGGUGCUUUGGACGAAUCGAUUGGUGAUUCCUGGGACAUGACCCUUGACCCUAUAGCUUUACAGCUUUUGCCCUAUGAACAAACUAAUCUGCUACAACUCAUCAAAACAGACAACAAGAUCUUCAACAAGAUCAUCACAGUGCUGGCCUCACUAUGUUGUGAGAUGCAAGCUCUGCAGCACGAGGCACAAACAAAGUUUUAUAAUGCCUUGCUGUUCUACGGAGAAGGCGAGCCAGAGAAUGGUUUGGGAGAAGGAGAGGCCCAGCUACAAAUGGGGAGGUUGAUGCCCCUCCUACAGGAGCUGUCAUGCUUUGUAAACCGUUGCUAUGAAGUUGUCAGAAAUGUCAUUCACCAGUUUGCCUGCCUGUAUUCCUUGUCUCAAGGAGGACCUAAACUCAUUGAUGUUACUGAUGUCCAUUUCAAGGCUGUGUUUGAGGAGCUUGGAGAAGUCCUCGGAGUUCUCAUCACACUGGACGAGAUUGUGGAGAACCAUGCUUCCCUCAAGGAUCAUUGGACGCUCUAUAAACGGAUGCUUAAGUCUGUACAUCAUGACCCUGGGAAGUUCUCUAUUCCUGGGGACAAACUACGACAGUUUGAAAAACUCAUUAUGAAGUUAGAGGGAGAGUUAUUGGAUGGUCUCAUAUUCCAGAAUUGUGUGGAGCAAUCAUUUGAUAGCAGGACUGUGUCUGUUACCAAAAACUCUGUGUUCUUAGACGAGUUUAACAUCAACAUCAGAGAAUACUUAAUGGAUCUGGAGUCCAGGAUUGGAGAAGCAAACGAGAUGGACCAGAGGUACAAGUUUGUUGGACUCUGUGGCCUGUUUAUCUUACAUUUCCAGAUCUUCCGAGUCAUUGACAGGAAAGUCUUCAAGUCUCUCUGGGACAUUUACAAAAAGGUUCCCGGUGUGCAUCUCCUAGGGAACAUUGUGUGGUUCCCUACUUCGUUCCUGCUGAACAAACUCCCUCAGAUGGCCAAGGUUCUGGACAAAAAGGCUCAGACGAUGGUCAAGACCCAGUAUCAGACCUGGCUACAGAGUCGUAACCAAAUGCUUUCCAGAGAUGUACAGAACUUCCACACCAGUGUGUCGGCCUGGAUGGUGGAGAUGGAGUCGGCGAUGGGCCGAUCCAAAACUCUGAUGGAGGAUCUGAACAACCGCUGUGUCCUCUUUAUACAGGGUCUUCUGUACGCCUACAACAUCAACCACCUUAUACGCACAGUGAUGAACCUACAUGUGGCUCUUCAGAAACCAAUGACCAAGACAGCUGUUCUUUGUCUCUGUCGUCUUACAGAACUUUUAAAGGCCAUUGAGCACACAUUCCACCGGAGGACCAUGUUGAUAGCAGAGUCAGUCAGCCACAUUAUCCAGCACCUCAGCUUCCUCAUCCUCAGCUCCAUAGGAACUGCCAAGAAAAGGAUAAUGUCGGACAAGAAGUAUAGCGAGAGGAGAUUGGACGUACUCUCUGCCCUGGUCCUCGCUGAGACUGCCAUGAAUGGUCCUGGUACAAAGGAGAGACGACUCAUUGCCAAACUGUCAUUAGCGGUAGGAACAAAGAUGAGAACAUUCAGGGAUGAUGAGAUUCAGAUUCUGUACUCUAACUUGAAGAAGCUGGAGAUGAUCUGUGAUCUCAGGGAGAGAGUACGGUUGGCAUGUGACUGUAGUUUUGUGUACUGGCAUCGAGUAAUCUUCCCAAUCUAUUUGACGGAUAUUAUAGAAAAUGCUGUGGACACACACCGGAUCCAUUAUAUGGUCGGUGCUCUAAGGGACUGUGUCCCCUCAAUGACAGCAGUCCGGCACCUCACCUCGCCACAAGAAUUGUUGGAUAUAUUUAACAAAGAAAUCUACGGCAACAUGGAAGAGCACCUGUUGGACCCACUGUGUCGGGUUAUUGAGACUGACCUUCGUCUCCACAUACACUCUCACCUACAACUAGAUGACCGCAACCCUUUUAAGGUCGGCUUUAAGGAUCUGUCCAAUCUCCUUAAGGUCCAUCCUAUACGACUGUUUGAUCGGUAUAUCAGUAUUAAAAGGUAUGUUGAACACUACCUAAACAUGACCUUCUACAACCUGACCACAGUCGCACUGCAUGACUGGAAAACGUAUGGGGAGAUGAAAAACAUGGCUGAACAGAAAUAUGGCCUCGCGAUGGUGGAGUCCCAUCUACCUAGUCAGACAUUGGAACAGGGUCUUGAUGUGCUGGAGAUAAUGAGGAACAUCCAUGUGUUUGUCUCCAAGUUCCUGUAUAAUCUCAACAACCAGAUCUUUGUGGAACGCUCCAGCAACAACAAACAUCUGAACACAAUUAACAUCCGCCAUAUUGCCAACUCUAUCAGGACACACGGCAUAGGAAUCAUGAACACAACAGUCAACUUCACCUACCAGUUCCUGAGGAAAAAGUUUUUCAUUUUCUCACAAUUCAUGUAUGAUGAACACAUCAAGUCCAGACUCAUCAAGGACUGGAAAUAUUUUAAAGAACAUCACAUGCAAACAGAUCAAAAGUAUCCAUUUGAAAAGGCUGAUAAGUUUAACAAAGGGAUACGGAAGCUGGGCCUGUUACCAGACGGAGACAGUUACCUGGACCAAUUCCGGGUCACUAUCAGUCAGAUAGGCAAUGCGAUGGGCUACAUACGGAUGAUCAGGUCUGGUGGCCUCCACUGCUGUAGUAAUGCUAUCAGGUUCAUCCCUGACCUGGAGGACAUCGUCAACUUUGAGGAACUUUGUAAGGAGGAGGGACUGUCACAGGAAUGUCAGGUUGCCGCCAAAAAUCUUGACAAUGUUGUUGGAAAUUUGGCAAGGAAUUUUGCAGAAGGAACAGAAUAUUUCAAGCUCCUCGUGGAUGUGUUUGCCCCAGAAUUCAGAGAUCCCAAGAACAUGCAUUUACGCAACUUCUUUGUGAUACUUCCACCGCUGAUUCUAAACUUCGUAGACCAUUCUAUCAGCUGUAAGGAGAAGAUGAGUCGUAAGAACAAAGUGGGAGCGGCCUUUACUGAUGAUGGAUUUGCAAUGGGUGUGGCGUACAUCCUCAAGCUGCUGGACCAGUACCACGAGUUUGACUCCCUCCACUGGUUCCAGUCUGUCAGGGAUAGGUACAGAGCAGAAAAGGACAAAGUAGGGAAGCAAACGCAGUCAAUGUCUACACGACCUGACGAAAAACUACAACAAACCAUGUCUCUUACUGUCAAAAGACUGGACGGAUGUCAGCAGGAGUAUGAACUGCUGUACUAUUCCCUGAGCAGUGCCAGAGUUUUCUUCCGUGCUGACCAGACAGCUGCAGAGGAAAAUGAAGAAAAAGACAAAGAAGCUGGGAAGGCAGGUCAGACUGAUGGAACAGCUUCAGCCCAACCAGCUGCAACACCAGAUUCUGGAGCCACAGGAACAGCACCGCCACCUCCAUCUGGAGCUCCNCCCCUCCACCACCACCACCACCACCACCACCUCCGCCCCCACCCCCUCCAAUGUAGAGGGACAGACUUGCUGUGCUGAUAAUGAAACUGAGGACGUUAUUGGUGCUAAGUGCUGGGAGUUGUCUAUACAACUGACCGACUGACAACUACCCUAACAAGCUUGGAUAAAAGACUUAUUUAUAGAGAAAGUAACAAAAUAUUUGAAUACUAACACAGCAGUAAAUACAUUUAUACUGUAAGUGCUUAAUGGAUACACAAAAGGUUGCAUGAAUGCUAUGGAAAACACUUUAAAGAUGUACAAGCUACAUUUUUUUUUUUUUUAGUAUAAAAUAUCUAAAUAUAUAAAAUCAUGGGUUAAAGAUAUAUAUAGUAC